AUGCCGUCAAUAACAAAUCGGACGGUGGAGGUUGCUUACAGUGGUGGUGGCAUCUCCGGCGAGGUCAUCGUCGGCGGUGGCGGCUCGGACGUCGGCGGCGGCGGCGCUCCAGUCGUCGGCGGGGUCGGCGGAGGAGACAAGGGGAUGCAGAGGUCGGAGGCGGUUCCAACGAUGGUCGCCAAUCGGACGGUGGAGGUUUCUUACAGCGGUGGUGGCGUCUCCGGCGAGAUCGUCGUCGGCGGUGGCGGCUCGGACGUCGUUGGCGGCGGCGCUCCGGUCGUCGGCGGGGUCGGCGGAGGAGACAAGGGGAUGCAGAGGUCGGAGGGGGUUCCAACGAUGGUCGCCAAUGCGCUCGGGGACGACGGAGACGGGCGGCGGUGA